GAUCGGGCGGCGGCGGCGGCGGCUGAGAGGGCGGCGGCGGGAGCGGAGCGGGACGAGGGAGCGAGAGGAAACGAGCGAGGAGCGAGCGGAGCGCGCCCAGCCCCGCCCGCCCUUCCGCUCGCCGGAGCGGCCGCAGCAGCCCGGGCCCCCAGUCGCCGCCGCCGCCGCCCGCCCGCCCGCCCGCGGGACAAAGCCCUAGAGCCCGCGCCCAGAGCCAUGUCCUCGUCCGCCGGCAGCAGCCACCAGCCCAGCCAGAGCCGCGCCAUCCCCACCCGCACCGUGCCCAUCAGCGACGCCGCGCAGCUACCUCAUGACUAUUGCACCACGCCCGGGGGGACGCUCUUCUCCACCACGCCGGGAGGAACCCGAAUCAUUUAUGAUCGAAAGUUUCUGUUGGAUCGUCGCAAUUCUCCCAUGGCUCAGACCCCGCCCUGCCAUCUGCCCAAUAUCCCAGGGGUCACCAGCCCUGGCACCUUAAUUGAAGACUCCAAAGUAGAAGUAAACAAUUUGAAUAACUUGAACAAUCAUGACAGGAAGCAUGCAGUUGGGGAUGAUGCUCAGUUCGAGAUGGACAUCUGACCGCCUGCAGGAGCCGCAGGAGAGCAGCGGCGCCGAGGUCGGGCGCACCGGAUUGGGCCCAUCAGAUCAACAACGAACGGACAGAAGGGGCAGCCAGCAGUCCCAUUGCAGCCCCCAAGUCCACCUCUUCCUUGCUCUGGGUGCCAAAUGAUGCGCAGAUGAGCUUCAUCUGACCGUUUCCUCUCCCUCUUUCCUGUCCCCCUUCCCAGUUACACAGAUUCCAUCCAAGGUCCUUGGCAUAUUUCCGUAGACCUAAGCAGCCCACAGAGGAAAACAGUUAAACGCUGGCUUCCAUAGUCAUUUGAGAAAGACAGUUGAGAAAACCUAGCCUCCCCACACUCCCUCCACCCCACCCCCCCUUUUUUAAAAUCCCAUAUCAAAUGUCAACCUGCCCACAGUUGCUUGGCUGGGAAGUCUGGGGAAGUGACACGGGUGUGGUGGGUUCGGCACUGUCCACGUCCUGACCCCCCGCCUGCCCUCCCUGUCUCCCCUCUGUGGUUCAGAGCUGCAGGAGUCUGGGUCUCAGGUCUUCACAGCCGUCAGAGGGGGUGAGAAUGGCGAGAGCCACUCUCCUCGUCCCUCGAGACAUUUGCCCUUCGGGUCAGAGUGUGGUUUGUACAACUCUGCUGGCAUCACCCUGCCACGCUUUCUGAGACCCGCUUCGGCCCGCCUCCCCUCCUUCCUCCGGCACGAAUGUCUUCUGUCUUUAAUGUUCGAGUGCCGCUUCCUGUCCUUCACGGAGCACAUCUGUGCAGAAAAGUGUGGGCCCCACCUGAGGGGGGAGUCCUCGGGAAGCAGCAGAGCUCUCCUCUCCUCCCUCCCUGCUAGCGUCCCGCUGCCCGCUGUCCCCUU